CAGGCCCGCGGAAAUUGAAUUUGUAAACAUUGUAUUGUUAUUUUCAAAUGCAAGCUUUAAAACUUUGCAUUCAUAAUAGUAGUAUCAUGUGUUCAAAAGGCUGAAACAUUUAUUCAGUUAACAUGGAUAAAGCUUCAAGAGCAAUUCGCAGGAGCGGAGCAAAGUUGAAGUCUUUGGGAUCUGGAGAAAGUUCCGAUUUAAAUGUCAUGAUAUCUGAAUUAAAAGAUAUGAGAGAAAGUGCUAAAGGCUUCAUGAAUUCUCAGAACUCUGCAUGUCAAGAUAUGAUGAGAUGGGCAGUAAAUGAAGAAAACCGGGCCAUUCAGGAUGUUGCUAAUCACAUAACUGAGUUAAACCUUUUGUGGACAGAUGUUCAAAAGGAUUUUAUUGGACAUUUGAAAGAAUACAAACAAAUGUUUGAAAUGGUCUUAGAGGGAGAAAAACAAGUUUCACAAGCCAAAGAAAAUCUGAGCAAUUGUGAACAAAAAGAAUCAAAACUGAGAAAAGACUUGACUAAGGCUGAAAAGAGAAACUGUGAGGCAGAUAGAAGAAAUCUGGAAACAAAAUUAUAUGAAGCAAAAUCAGAAAGAGAGAAAGCUGAAAUUGAAGUCACUGAAAGAAUACGAGAAAAUGAAGCAGUGAAGAUGAUUCGAUUAAAAGAGGGCUUUGUAAGGAUUGCUGAAGCAUACAUAGAGUUAGGGAAGAAAUGCUCUACAGUUUUCAAGGCUCAGAAGGAUGUUGCCAUGGAGAUCCCAGAUGUUCAUGGGAAAGAGUUGGAGGAAGUGAAAUAUACAGGAUCCAGUAAAACACAGAAUCAUCUGUACAAAGCAAAGGAAAAACUACACAAGUACAGAAGAGAGUCCUUUAGACUGAAUCCACCUCCAUCGUUUCCAGCAUACCACUGCAAGACACCAGAUGUUGAAGAAGAUGAUCCACCACCUUAUACCCCUCUAAAACAACAAACACCUUACAUGGAAGACAAGACAAGUUCUCGAGAAGGAUAUGAGGAAAUGUUCCAAGACCAGACUGUUACUGAAGGAAUGUGGCUCCAGUUUGUUGGAAUUAAUGCAUCAGACAUCAAUGUUACAGCAGGUAGAUAUGGCAGCCAGGCCAACAUCAAACCACCAUUUGAUAUCGGUUUUGAGGGAUUGGGAGAGGUUGUUGAAGCUGGCAAGGGCUCCCCCCUCCCCGUUGGACAAGCUGUCAUGUACUUUAAUCAUGGAGCUUUUACUGAUUACAAGGUAUUAAAAGCAAAGAGAGUAUUUCCUAUACCUUCGCCAUCACCACAGUUCUUGCCAUUUCUUGUCAGUGGUAUCACUGCCUCCAUUGCCCUGGACAAGGUUGGUGACGUCAAAAGAGGAGAAACUGUGUUAGUCACAGCUGCAGCAGGGGGCACUGGAAUGCUAGCAGUACAGUGGGCCAAGUUAGCAGGAUGUCAUGUUAUAGGAACUUGUUCAACUGAUGCUAAAGUAGAAUUUCUGAAGAAAAUUGGUUGCGAUCGUCCCAUCAAUUAUAAAAAGGAAAGUUUGAAAGAAGUUCUGAAAUCAGAGUAUAAGAAUGGUAUCGAUGUAAUAUAUGAGUCCAUUGGAGGAGAGAUAUUUGAUACCUGUGUUAAUAGCUUGGCUUUGAAGGGGCGUUUAAUUGUGAUAGGAUUCAUUGAGGGUUACCAAUCAGAUCUGGGCUUCAAACCUUCCAGAACAAUGGCCACGAUACCUGUUAAGCUCCUCAAUAAAUCAGCAAGUAUUAGAGGGUUCUUUCUGGAACAUUUCAUGUCUGAUAUUCCAUCUUAUAUCAGUAAAAUGAUCAAGUUACAACAAGAGGGCAAACUCCAGAGCUUUGUGGAUUUGGGUGAAAACACAGAAAAGGGACCCUUCAAAGGCUUAGAAAGUGUAGCUGAUGCAGUUGAGUACCUCUACACACAGAAGAGCAUCGGUAAAAUCAUUGUUAGUUUGAAUGGAGGAUCCACCAGCAAAUUAUGAACAGUUUUAAUUGGUAUUUGGCAUCCUUAAACGCACUUAUGUACCUAAUGUGUUGUAGACAAGUUGCCAUACUUUAAUAAGCUAGUCAUCGGAGACGAUGGAAAAAAAGGAAAUGGCAAAUAUGGAAUAUUUGAAUACACAAAUCAAUGAUCAGCGUGCUUGCUCGUUACUAAUGAUUAAUAAAUACCAAUGCCCAAGGUCACCUACCAAGAGUUACACGGGAUUAUAAAUUAUUGUUAGCUUCAAGUAGAAAAAAAAUUGAGUGUACUAAUUAUUUUCCUUCACAUUGAUUCUUUGACGAAUUAUGUUGUUAAACAGAAUAAAGAUGAUGAUAUGAAAACAGAAAUAAUAAGCAA